CUAUCACAAUCAAACCACCAAUCUACUUAGUUUUUCUUAUCCAGCAAAGCUUCAAAUAUGUGUUUUGUGAAUAUCUUUGAUAAUUAACUAUUAUACAUAUGGAAUCUAAAUUGUCGCCAGAUAAAGAGAAAAAGGAAAAUGCGCGAGAGCCAAUAAACGAAUACCAAUGGGACGACUUACGAAGAGAUCGUGAAUUGGGACAUUACCCCUGGACACAUCUUCUGAAGCCGCCAUUAGAAGGCAAAAUUACUGCAGAGGAUAUCAUAAGAGAAACAACACCACGAAGAAGUAUGUCUCGUGAAUUCUCACGUUCUCGAACCCAUUCGCCUGUUGAUGGAGGUGGACAAAAGAUUCUAAACCUUGACUCUUCGCCUGGAAGCAGCCGUAAACACGGUGACGAAGGGGAAGAUGAAGGCGUGCACAUACCAAACUUUUCAAAAGAAGUAUCUUUAGAUUCUGAGGAUGAUGCUGUCAAUCAAGCAAUGGCUGCUUUCAUAUAUAGACAGUCAGAAAGUCCAUCAAAUUCACAUUUAGAAGCACCAAUAAGUACGCCUAAAAAUGUUUCCCCAAAGGGAAUUCUAAAACGACGAGUACCAGAUGCUUAUAUUGGGGUCACAGAAACCAGAGAAAAAACAAAAUGUUGUCAUCCCUUAGUAAAUAAAAUCAAACAUUUAGCUGACAAAACUCUAAACAAACUUGAGAAGAAUGAAGGCGAAAAGUCUCCAUUACCUAAGCGUAAAAAACACAAAGAAGGACAGGAAAUAAGACAGCUAAAAUCUUCUCCGGGAGCAGUGCGUAGACAAAAAUUUAGCGCAAUUAAACUUGGCGAUUCAGACGAAAUGAGUAAAACAAUGAGUGUAGAUACCCCUCCUCCAAGAAAAAAGAAAGAACAUAUUUACGAGGACAUAGAAGAAUCAAAAAGUCAAGAUCGAGACAAAUCCCUUCAAUUUUCUCCUGAUAUAGAAACAGAACGUAAAAAUAGCAAUAAACAAAAUGAGAGCUUUUUAGAAAGAAAAUCAUUAGCUUCACAAGACCCUAGUUUAGUAAUAGAAGAUGAAGCUUCCUUGAAAUCUGAUGAACAUGUAAUGGAAAAACUGCAUCAAAUAAGAGAUUCAAAUAAAGAAGCUGUAAUUUUAGACGAAGAAAUGGAUCCAGACGAGCCCAAUGUCGAUGAAAUAUUUCAAACUCAGUUAGAAGAGACAAGACCAAAGAACGAUUCUCCCAACAUCACGAUAACAGAAAUUUUUGACGAUGAUAUAUUAGAAACAAGCCAUGAACAAGCUCCAGUGCCCAUUGAAGCUUCUCCUACUCCGAGCUCGCAAAUAAAGUUGGAUAAAAAAAAUGGCGUUGAAAUUUUUGAGAAGGAAUGGUCUAAAACCUCCAGUGAUCACGAAUAUGAAAUCAUCGAAAAACCGCCUCCGAAUAUUGUCUAUAUGCCACCCGAUGCUGAAACGAAGCCUUCUUUGGUGAAAACUGAUGAUGAAUUAUCUAGUACUACAUCUUUGGAACGUAAAUAUUUACAACACGAAGAAGAACAACACGAUUAUAAGGAAAAUGAAGGCAUUUUAAACGCUGAAUUACUUCAAAAGGAUAUAGAAGAGAGAUACUUUGUUAAUACGCCGUCCACUAUGUCACGAACUGAAUGUGAAAUUAGUACAAGUCAAGUAGAUUCUUCCGCUCUAGAAAAUUUACCAUUAAAACGUGACAGCCGUCAAAAUGCUGAAGGGAUUGACGUAAAAAUACAACAACGUAUCAAGGAAGGCGCUGGAAAAUUAAAAUCGCAGGCUGGUAAAUUAAAAACAAAAUUGCAAAGUAUGAAAAUGCCAGAUAAACCAAAAAUGAAUAUGCCUGAACGCCCAAGAUUUAAGAUGCCUGAGCGUCCGAAAUUUACAUUACCUGAUAGACCCAAGUUUACUUUGCCCGAUAAAAGGAAAUUUAGCCUACCGGACCGCCCAAAGUUCAAAAAGAUAAACUUGUCUGAAAAAUUAUCCUUUGGAGAUAAAAAGAAAUUUACUCUACCGGAAAGACCAAAAUUCAGUGUGCCUGAUUUUCCUAAAUUUAAAAUGCCCGACAAAACAAAAAUUAAUUUUCCAAGCUUAGGGAGAAGAAAGUCAAGUAAGCCGGAAGCAUCGAUUACUGGUUCAACUCCAGAUGUAAGAAAUACACCUCCAGUUGAAUUUGAGGCUAAAACAUAUCCUAGAUUAUUUAACAGAAAAAAUAAAAAGGAAUUACCUAAAACCUCAUCAUCUCCUAAUUUAGAUAGAGAAGAAACCCCACCUGCUACUUUUACAUUUACUCGAAUGAAAAAACAACCAAAACAAGUUGCAUCUUAUAUUCCAGACAGCCCUAGUGAACCACGAGAAUAUGGCACCACUGACAGUUUUGAUGCAGAUGUUGAUGAAAGACGACAGUUUGAAACCACAUACGACUUUGACAAAUUAGAUUCUCAGUAUAUUCAAGAUGAAAGGCAAAUAUCGUACUUAAACGAAAAUGACGCAGGAUUAUCGCCAGAACAACAUUCACCGGUAAAAGAAGAAUACUCUCAUGUUAUAAACGAAAUAAACAACGACGAAUUUUUCGUACGACCGCGAGGGAUAUCUCGUGAAAAUAUUCAAGUAAGAGAAUACUUGAGUGACGAAAUACGACAAGCUUUCAAAAUUCCAAAAAAUGCGCUAGCUUUGAUGGGAAGUAAUUCCGGCGUUAACAAUAAAAAUAUAUAUGCCAAUGAACCAGAAGCUGACCCGGAGCUUAUGCUAGAUGAUGAUAUGCGCUAUUCAUCGGAGGACUUAAACGAAAGAGAUGACGGCUAUUACACAUUCCCACCCGUACGUCCGUCACGAGCCAAACGCAAGAAAAAGGAAGAAGAUAUCGAUACAGUUCAGUAUAUUGACGAGCACAUGACAAAUGACUUGCAAUUCAGUGAAAUCGACUUAGGUAUAUCUGGUGAUCAGGAACAACUUCAUUUAAAUAACAAUGUGCAGACCAAUCAGCCGAUUGAAAUGGACACUAAACAUAGCUUCGGUCCUUCUAAUGAGUUACGUUCUAUUCACGAAUAUGCCAAUGAUGACGUGAUACAAUAUCCGGAGGAUAUACCAGUCCAGUCACAAACUUUGCCAAAGCCACCUCAACGAAAAAAGAAAUUCGGCAAGCGGGACUUAAGACAUUCAUCGCUGAAUGAUUUUAAAGAUAUCCCAGCAUCCGAUUUAUGGGAAGAGUCCCCUGUGCAAAAUGAAGACAUAAUCGUGUAUAGAACCGAACAUGAAUACAUCGUUCCUCAAACUGAGACCACAGCAAGUGACCGCAGCCCGCUACCGCCGCGACGUAACCGCUCGCGGAGUUCGCGGGGCACAUCUCUCUGUGACGAUGAUCGGACAUCUCACGGAGCAGAAUCAUUAACAAUGGACACACAUGCGCUUCCCGCUGAUUAUAUCGAAUCUGAUAAGCAUGCUCGCCAUGAAAGUCCAGGCUACGCUACCGUUGAUAAAAGCGCUUAUGCGCCAAAUAAAGGUGUUCGGCGCUCCAAAAGUAAAACUCCACCUGUGAGACGUCGUAAAAGUCAUAGUUCGGAGAGAAAAUAUUACACUGUUCAACCAGUAAGUAAAAGCUUACCUGAUCGUCCACCACGGAAGAAAUCCUCAACGAGCCUUAUGACUUUGGACAGCUUUUCUAAGCGUUCAGUCAGCGGCGAUUUGACACAGUAUGUCGAAAUUGAUGAACCACAAAUUGAUGAAGUUCACAAAGAUUUAAUCUCUGGUGAAGUAGUAAAUAAAAUGAAAGAUAGACCGCUACCACCACCGCCAAGGCCACCUAGGGGGCCAAAACGAAGAAAAAGUGAUAGAAACAGUUUUGAAGAUCGAUGUGACGUUAAUGUUGGAGCAGAAUCUAUGACACAUGCUGAUAAGGGUAUGAAAAUGGAUGAUGUCGUAGAGAUAGAGGUAUCAACUCAAACAGAUCCCCUUCCAGAUGAUAUUGACUUUGAAUUAGGGAUGGAAGAAAAUCUGGAUUUUUCGAUGUCAAGUUCCCUGAGAGAUAUUGUGAAUGAAGAGCCUUACAGAAGUAAAUCACAUAGCAAAAUAGGUGAAAGCCCUAGAAUUUCCCGGCCAACAUCGAGGUCUGAAAAAUCGUUCAAAUUAUCAGAUCCAAAAAUUUCAGAACUAUCAAAAUUCAACAUAGGCCGCACGUCUCCUACAGUAAUUUUGGUAGAAAGGCGCGUUUCAAGUCCAACAAGGAUAAAUGAACGAGACGAAAUGUUAACUGAAGCGUCCCUGACAGUACAACAUAUUGACAUCGAUGAAGCCCAUAUUCCCGACGUACCUCCGCUUCCAAGGCCAAAAAGUGUGACAAGCAUUAGUCCCACCUAUCGUAAAACUGUUCCUUCUAGUGAUGAUCAAGCUCUUGAAAGGGUCACUGAAGCAAGUAGGGAUGUCCAACUGGAUAACCUAGUAACGCAAAGAUUACAAGUGCGAGAUUUAGAUGUGGGGCGACUUAAUGUUUCAGAAUUACAAGCUAGUAAGAUUUUAGUAUCCGAUAUAGAAGGUAUGACAUUACAAGUAACUGAGUUAGAUUCAAAAUCAGGCCACAUCUCGGUCAGUGGUAUUGAAUUUUCACAAUCUGUAAUUGAUGAAAUAGUUAAGAAAUUUGCAGAAAUAUCAACAAGUGCAAGCGUACCACAAGCAGCGCAUGAAUUACCAAGACCAAUGAGCAGAGAGGAACAAACACAAACCGAUCAAUCACCCUCUACUGUUCAGGCUUCGCCGCCACCACCGCCUCCAAAACAUUAUAUUGAAGAAGAAGCGUCUGCACCUCCACAGAGACCCCCACCCCCAGAUUUAACUCCACUUUUAUAUUCUUAUCUUCAAGAUAUGACAAUGCCUCCAGCCACUUAUUACCAUAGGCCAACUGCUAUGAGAGACAGACCCUUUACCGAAUUUCACGAUGCUCAACAUCAAUCGCCUGCGCCACCGACUCGGCGCGCGAAGCGUAGGCCUACUGCCCCGCAUUCAGAGUCGAGCUCUGACGAAGCCCUGACACGCCCGUCACCAAGGCGCAUGCCUGCUCCAGUAAGACCACAUGAACCGACAAUAACUGAAGCGGGAGCCAAUUUUCUACGUGUUUGUCACAACUCUAUUUCGAGAACUAUAAGAAGCAUAUUUAAUUCCUUUGUCUCGUACAUUAGCGGUACUGAAGAUAAGAAGGAUGUGCAAAUGGCGCUAGUCAUAUUUUUGGUAUUGAUUGCUGGUUUGAUAAUGUUCGGUCUUAGCGAUAGUCGCACGAUUCAUCACCACCACUGGGAGUUUUUCAAUCCUCCUGACGGCAAACAAUGAUUAACCAACUGAACUUAAUUACUUAUUACUAGGCAGAUAUUAUAAUUAUAAGAUUAUAACUUAAGUAAAGUCGUAGCAUUUCAUUCAAAUCAGACUUUCCACUACUUACUCAACCGAAUGUUUAAGCGUUAUUUAUGUAUUUAUUUUAGUAAUAACGAUCAAUUUAAUUUUGUAUAACUCAGGUUACUACGUUUCCUAUUACGACACAGCAGCCUAAAAUGUUUGAUAAUAGAUCUGGAAAAACGAAUUUAUAAAAAACUCAAUGUUAACUAAUAUUGCCUACAUCGAGCCGACUUAAUACAGUCACUAUCAACGUCUGGGCCCUGAGGAAAUAGGGGGUUUAAAUAAUAAGUAUUAUUUGUCUGUAUAAUAAUAACUAAAAAAUAUUUUUUUACUAACUAAGGCAAACGGCACAUGAACUAUAAUUUAUUUUAGGGACCUACUUUUUAAACUUUCCAGGUAUUGACAGGAAUUUCCUUCUUUCGUUAUUUGAUAGACCGACUAGACCGUAGUGACUAGUAAGUACCGUGCCAUAUAAAAAUUAUAUAAAAUCAUGUACUCGUACAAUUAACCAGUAUAAAAGUUUCGCUGGAAGUGUAAACACAAAAAAUUAAAUUGUUUUCACUGGAAUGGAUUAUUCAAUUGAAUACAUAAUUGCAAUAAAUUUUCGUCUAAGAGUCCACAGUUGCUUAUCGAUGUAAAAGUAGUGUGUCAGCUGAUGUUAAUGCAUUUGUAAAGUUCGUUUUUGAUGUGUAUUUGUAGAAAAACAAUAAAGUUUUUAAAA